AUGGCGUCUAUCGGUGACGAUUCGUUUGGCCCUCAACUGCCAGGCGUCUUUGACUUUACUCUAUGCUUUGAACAGACUAUCCUAACCAUUCUCCCGGCAGCCAUCUUCAUUCUUACAGCACUAUGGAGAAUGGUAAAUCUCUGGUCUCGUAAAACAUGCACAGCAUCGCCUCUAUUGCUGUUAGUGAAAUUGGUCGGAGUGGGAUGUAUUGGUGCUAUUCAGCUCAGCGUCAUUGCCCUUUGGGGACUUCCAUCAACAAGUCGAACGGCAGCGUCAAUCCCAGCCGCGGUUGUUGCGUUUCUGGCAACAGCUCUGCUUGGCCCAUUUAUCUUUAUGGAGCACCGUCGCUCGCCCAAGCCCGCUGCCAUUGUCAGCGGUUACUUGCUGUUGACUGCCAUUUUGGAUCUUGCGCAGGCGAGGAGUUUGUGGCUUCGAGGCAGUGCCAACUCGUUAGCAGCAUUGUUCACUAUCUGCAUCGUUUUGAAGGCUGUCGUUCUUGCCUGUGAGGAGUCGUCCAAGUUGGUUACUACAGGCGAAAAAGAAAUGUCUAAAGAAUCCCACGCUGGCCUCAUUAGCCGUAGUGUAUUCUUUUGGCUAAACCGCUUUUUGUUUCUCGGAUCCAAGGUUACUCUUGGAGUUGGCGAUAUUGGCAGUAUCCAUUUCAAGUUCGACUCUGAUGCGCUGCUUCUGAAAUUGGAAAAUCAGUGGAACGCUAGCGAUAAACAGGGAAAAUACAGCCUACUACUAUGUACCUUCAAGGCUUUUAGUGGCCAGUUCUUGGCUGGUGUUAUGCCUCGCUUGCUAUUCAGCGCUUUCACAUUGUCGCAGCCAUUCCUAAUCAGCACAAUCGUCGGAUACAUCGAAGAACCUGCUGAAGUAAGAGACGUUCAAGUAGGAAAGAGCCUAAUCGGUGCCACCAUUUUAAUUUAUGCUGGCAUGGCCGUAACCAAUGGUCUCUACCACCACAUGACAUAUCAAAUGACAACAAUGUAUCGCGGAGCGCUUGUCUCACUGGUGUACAAAAAGACCUUAUUAUUGGAGCCAACUUCAAUUAAAGAAUCAGCACCGACCACGCUAAUGAGCACUGAUGUUGAAGGAAUAGCUACUGGUUUAAACCCGAUUCAUGAUAUCUGGGCCGCAUUUCUCGAGUUGCCCGUAGCUCUGUUUCUGCUGUAUAGGCAGGUCGGAAUCCCGAGCUUAUUCAUUCUCAUCCCUGCAAUCAUCACUACGCUCCUUGGCGGCAUACUGUCACCAAAGCUUGGCCCUGCCCGCAUCAUUUGGAAUAGAGCGAUCCAGGAACGUAUUGGAGAUACUUCCAGCAUGCUUCGUCAAAUCAAGGGUGUCAAAAUGAUGGGAUUAACCGAAUACUUUCACAACAGACUGGCGACCCUGCGUUCCGAUGAGCUUAAACGCUCCGUCAAAUUCAGAGUUCUGAUUAUUGCCUUGAACACGCUCGCAACCACAACGCAAUUGGUCACUCCUGUGAUCGUCAUAUUGGCCGCUAUUUUCUGGUCAAAGGCUGAUGAGGGACUAUCCGUAUCGGAAGCCUUUACCUCACUCUCUAUUGUUACAAUUGCAGCCACGCCCAUUAACAACAUCCUUGUGUCUAUGCUCCAGCUCUUCGGAGUUGUUGGUUGCUUCAGCCGCCUACAAGAAUUCUUGAAGCAGCCUGAUCGAAAGGACCCGCGACAAUCAAUAAUUGGUUUACAAAUGUGCGAUAAAUCUAUCGCCGCAUCCGAGGGUACAAUGAAUAACGAUGCACCCGCUAUGGAGAUGUCAAGUCUGUCUGAUAUUCGCUCUGGUCAACAAGACACUGUCAUCCGCCUUACUGGAGCCACCUUUGCAGUUACCAAGGUGGGGGAUAUCUUGCAUGAUAUUACCAUGGAAGUUACACGAGGCACUCUAUCAAUGAUUGUUGGAAGGGUGGGUUGCGGCAAAUCAUCUUUGCUCAAAGCCAUGGCUGGUGAACUGGCUCUGACAGCAGGAACCGUUGAGACCUCCUCGGCAGAAGUUGCCUAUUGCGAUCAAACCCCAUGGAUUCCUAACAUCAGCAUUCGUGAUAACGUGGUGGGCCAAUCCAUAUUUGACGAACUUUGGUUUGAAUCUGUAGUCAGCGCAUGUGGUCUUGAUGAGGAUAUCAAGCGCUUCAGGAACGGUACCAGCACGAUUGUUGGCUCUGGUGGUAUUUCGCUGAGCGGAGGCCAAAAGCAACGCUUGGCACUCGCUAGAGCUGUCUAUGCUCGCAAACGGAUCAUUCUGCUCGACGACGUUUUUAGCGGGCUAGAUAACAAGACGUCAAGAAGGGUUUUUCAGCGACUCCUAUCAACCGAUGGGCUUCUACGCCGCGACAACCGGACAGUCGUUCUUGUGACAAACCAUCUUGCGUUUCUCCCAGCUGCGGAUUGUAUAACCAUGCUUGACGCAGGACGAAUCAUUCAUAACCAGGCUGAAUAUAACGCGUUAGAGCCAUCAGAAUGGGGUGUCCUGGACAGCGACGGUGCCAGCUCCAGCUCUGACCUUGAUGACGAUUAUGACGAAGCCACGUCUACCGAUCAAUCAGAGGAGAGCAAAGCAGAAGCUAAGACUAAAGAAGUUGAAGAAGUCUUGGGUCGUCAAGCCGGCGACUGGGCUUGCUACAAGAUAUACUUUAAAGCCAUGGGAUGGAUCACGAUGGGCAUUGUAAUCCCGGCGACACUGGUCGGUGUUGUCAUGGAAAAUUUGCCAACCGUCAUGUUAAAACUAUGGACGCAGAAUGGUGGUAGCAAAGACACUGGCCUGGGAUACUUAGGAGGCUAUGUUGGAUUUUCUGUCGGUUCUGUCAUUGUGAUCAUGUGUGGGCUCGGACAUUAUUUUAUACAUGGUAUUCCUAGAUCCGCCAACAAGCUGCAUUUGAUGCUACUGGAGACCGUCAUGAGGGCCCCUCUUUACUUUUUUACUCAAGUUGACAAUGGCGUCACUCUGAAUCGCUUCAGCCAGGAUAUGAGUCUGCUUGAUCAGGCGCUUCCAAUGUCGUUUUUUGCGACUCUGGCACUAUCAUUUGCUGCAGCAACUCAGGCGGGCAUCAUUCUCUCAGGCUCGUCGUAUCUCGGGGCUAUCCUCCCAGCUGGUAUCAUUGCGCUUUAUUUGAUCCAGAGAUACUAUCUCAAGACUUCUCGACAAAUUCGAUUUCUGGACCUUGAAAUGAAGUCACCACUGUACACGCAAUUUUCCGAGACAUUGGCUGGCCUAUCCACCAUCCGCGCAUUUGGAUGGUCGUCGGCAUCCAGAGUGGAAAACAGCGCCCGAUUGAACACUUCACAAAAGCCAUUCUACAUGCUCUUCUGUAUUCAAAGGUGGCUGCAAGUCGUAUUGGAUUUAUUUUCGGGCUCUAUGGCAGUUGUACUAGUUACCUUUGCGUUGAUGAUCCCGCAAUCCUCAAACGGCGCUGCGCUGGCGUUGGCAAUGGUCAACAUCAUUUCUUUCAACUUUACUCUUUCCAAUGUCAUCAAUUCCUGGACUCAGUUGGAGACAUCACUCGGUGCUAUUGCAAGACUGAAGUGGUUUAUGGAAAACACCCCCCGGGAGCAAGAGCCAACAGAGGAGGCAGAGCUGCCUAGCAACUGGCCAUCCAGCGGUGAGAUUGAAUUCAAGAAUGUCACGGCUUCUUACAGCGAUGAGGGAGAUGCCGUUCUCAAGAAUGUUUCUUUCAAGAUCAAAACAGGCCAAAAAGUUGGUGUUUGCGGUCGAUCUGGAAGUGGCAAAUCAUCUCUUAUCUCUGUCUUGGCCCGCUUACUAGAACUCAGAGACGACGCCAGCAUUCUCGUCGAUGGCGUCGAUAUUUCUACAAUCCGACGGCAGACACUGCGCAGUCGUCUGGCUGCUCUGCCCCAAGACGCUCUCUCCCUCUCCGGAACCGUGCGGCGCAACCUUGAUCCCAGCAGCGCGGUUCCCUCUGACGAGAUGCUCAUAGCCGCUCUUACAAAGGUGGCUAUCUGGUCUUUUAUUGAAUCUCGAGGUGGCCUCGAUGCAUCCAUGGACGAAGUAGGCCUGUCAGCUGGUCAGUUGCAACUCUUUAGCCUGGCAAGGGUCAUUCUUCGUGGCAAGGAAACAGAGGGUAGUGGAUCGGUGGUGUUGCUGGACGAGGCAACAAGCAACGUCGACAGACGAACUGAUGACGAAGUACGCGCAACACUCCGAGCCGACUUUGAUGGGAGAACAGUUAUUGAAGUAGCCCAUCAUUUGGAUAUUGUGCGCCAUUACGAUGUCAUCAUUGUUCUCGGUGCAGGCGAGAUGCUUGAGAUUGGCAGCCCGGAUGGGCUCCUAGCAAACCCUAAGUCUGAGUUCUAUGCGCUUUGGGCAAGCAGGGGACUAUAG